CUGGAGUCCGUGUUUGGAAGAGAUUGCAGAUUUUUCCAAUAACACAUCAGAUGUGUUUUCUAGAGCUUUCGUGUUUAUCUUUGGACCAUGAAACUAGUGCCACGGAAUAACUGACAAGAAUAAAAUGAAACCUACUUUGAACUAUUUUGGUUGAAGCACUGAUGUCACGUGGACUAUUUUAACGAUGUCCUUACUACUUUUCUGGACCUUGAACAUGGUAGUUGCAUUGCUGUCUAUAGAGGGUCAGAAAGCUCUCAGAUUUCAAAAUGAUUUCUUAAUUUGUGAUCCGAAGAUGGACAAAGGUCUUAUGGGUUUGAAUGACGUGAGGGAACCCUCGCUCUACACUGUGAAGGCUGUUUUCAUCUUAGACAACGAUGGAAACAGACUUCUUUCAAAGUACUAUGAUCCAGAACUCUAUCCCUCGAUGAAAGAGCAGAAGAAUUUUGAAAAUAACGUCUUCAACAAAACACAUAAAGCUGACAAUGAAAUCGCCUUCUUAGAGGGAAUGACGAUAGUCUACAAGAGCAGCAUUGACUUGUUCUUCUAUGUAGUUGGCAGCCCUCAGGAGAAUGAGCUCAUGCUGAUGGCAGUGUUGAACUGCUUGUUUGAGUCUCUCAGUCAGAUGUUGAGGAAGAAUGUGGAGAAAAGGACUCUGCUGGAUAAUAUGGAUGGAGUGUUCCUAGUGGUGGAUGAAAUCAUCGAUGGAGGGGUGAUCCUGGAGAGUGACCCCCAGCAGGUCAUUGAAAAGGUCAACUACAGGUGUUUGUCGGAGCAAGCGUAUGGCUUCGUCCUUUUUGAUUACAUCACUGGUAACGUGGAGGGCCAAGGAGAGAGGCGGCAGCUACUGUAGCUCUCCUUUCCUCCCUUUCCUCUCUCUCCCGUUGAUUUAGAGCUGGAUAGACGCAGACGAGGGUGAGAGAGUGGACAGGUAACUGCAUGGCAUGCACAAGCGUGAGUGAAACUCACAAGAGGAGCAGCUGUAACUCAGGCGGGCGAUCAGUAUUAAAAAAGCGUCUCGCUGACAUCUGACCAUAAACCUUUCGCUGCGGAGUGGGAGACACUGAGUCACAUCUUUGAGUUACGCUCGCAUAAACUCUCUCAAUCAAAGACCGGCAUGAUUUCAACGCAGCUGACCUCAGACCACGCUUCUGAUUUAUGCUGCUAUGAGUUUUAUUUUUUACUCCCGUGCAGGGGGGGCGGGAUCUCCUACUAAAAUCCACCCUUAAAAUAAAUGUUAAAAUUCACAUAAAAUGUGAAUGCAUUACAAAAUAGAAUACAAAUAAAUAGUACCACUAAAUUAAUCUUUAAAUUCUAUCUAAAAAAUCUAAUCACAGGCAAAUGUAUAUUGUCAGUAUAUACUAUAAAUAUUUUUUAUAAAAAAUAUAUAUAUAUUUUUUUUUUAGCUGUAAAAAUGGAAAUGUAUUAUCCAUUAAUACAUUGUAGCAGCUGGCGAACGUUUUAUUUUGUCAUCUUUCAGAUGAUUUUCAGACUGGUCCUGCUCCAGUAAAGUGGAUUUGCAUUUUUUUUUUUAUUAUUAAUUAUUAUAUUUUUAAAUUGCAAUGUAUAAUAUGUGAAUCCAGUACAAAUGGACAUUGCUAGGGUGUCAUCUGUGGGAAUAUGUUGCCCCACUAAGGUUGUAUUUAUUGAUUUUUAUAAUUUUCAUAUUAUUCAUAUUUAUUUUAAAUGUCAUCAUAAUUAACAUUUAAAAUUUAAAACAAAAAUGCAAACCUCAGACAAAUGUAUUUUUUAAUAAAUCUUGAAGUGUUUUUAUUUUAUUUAUUGGAAUUUUUUUUUAACACUAGUGACAUUUCAAUGAAUUAUCAGUGAAUAGACUGUACUUAAUUACUUGUUUGUUUGUUUAGACUCACACAAUUUGAUGUAUUACUUUAUAUUAGAAGUACCAUAUAAAUACAUUUUAGCAGCUGGGGCAUAACUUUAUUCUGUGAUCUUCUAGAUGUUUUUUUAGACUCAGUUUUAAUGAUUUUCUUGUUCUGGUGUAGUGCUCGACCUAUAUGGACUUUUAUAUAAUAUCUAUAAAGCAACUGAUGGCUAAAAUAAGUCCAAUAUAUACAUAAUAAACAUAAUCAAAUGAAUACAUGCAUAAUAUUUACUAAACAUUUGCUUAAUUGACAACAGAAAAUGCGGCCAUUAUUAUCAAGCAAUGCCAUUAAUCUCAAAUCAGGCAGAAAUGUGCAGAUCAUUGGGUCUGUUAUUACUUCAAAUGUCCUCUGUGUGUUCUUGCUACAGCUUUGGGACACUGUUUUUGGUCAUUAGUGAUGUUUAACAUUAGUAGCAGUGGAGUUACAGUGUGUUGGUGACCUUUAACCUUCACUUUGGCAUACAGUAACAGCUUCAAACAAAUUGCAUGAUAUGUUUGGCUUGGUUGGUUGUAGUUUAUGUUGGUUAGUUAUUAUUUUAAAUGUAAUUGUUUUUAUUUUUGCCUUUU